CGCCCAGCCCCACUCCUUCGACCUCUGCCGCCGCAGCCGCCGCCGCCGCCUCGGGGGAAGAGAGGACGCGGGAGAGGAGCCCACUGAGCCAGCCGCCCAAGUCCUCCAGCCGCGCCGUCCCGAAGGCUAAGAUGUUCGCCUGCGCCAAGCUCGCCUGCACCCCCGCUCUGAUCCGAGUUGGAUCCAGAGUUGCAUACAGACCAAUUUCUGCAUCAGUGUUAUCUCGACCAGAGGCGAGGACUGGAGAGGGCUCUACGGUAUUUAAUGGGGCCCAGAAUGGUGUGUCUCAACUAAUCCAAAGGGAGUUUCAGACCAGUGCAAUCAGCAGAGACAUUGAUACUGCUGCCAAAUUUAUUGGUGCAGGUGCUGCAACAGUAGGAGUGGCUGGUUCUGGUGCUGGUAUUGGAACAGUCUUUGGCAGCCUUAUCAUUGGUUAUGCCAGAAACCCUUCGCUGAAGCAGCAGCUGUUCUCAUAUGCUAUCCUGGGAUUUGCCUUGUCUGAAGCUAUGGGUCUCUUUUGUUUGAUGGUUGCUUUUUUGAUUUUGUUUGCCAUGUAACAAAUUACUGCUUGAAAUGUUGGCAUUCAUAUUAAUUACGGAUGUAAUUAAUCUGUGUAUCUUACUGUGACUCCAAAAACUGUAGUAUGGGUGUCAUGGAAAUGUACGUUAUUUCCAAAGUCAUUUCAUUAAAGGUGAAAAGUUUAGUUUUUGUUGUGAUUUGUACUUAACCUAAAUUAGGUCCUCACAGAGAAGAACAUGCACUCAGCAGAUGCUGUAUAAGUCUUCUUAUACACCAGUUGUUGAUGAAAAAGAUCCUAAAGUAAUUUUGAUGGGAAGUCUCUUAAAGUGUUCUGCACACUAUAAAUUACAGAGCUUUUAUUUAUUCAUAAAGAAGAGGAAUGUUUGGGUGCUUUGGGCUUCAAUGAAGUGUGAUUAAUUAAACCAACAUAAUUAUUCAAGAUGGUUUUGCGUUUUUAAGGGUUUAUAUGAAUUAUAGUACUUGCAAGUGGAGUUAUCGUCUAAGACUAGAUUGGCCUUGCACAGCUGGUUCUAAAGAUAAAUCACAUCAGCUUUUUAAGAAUCAUCACCUUGUUAAAUGGAGGUGAGGCAAUGAUUUUUUUCUUUUGAGAAAGUCACACAUUAAACAAUUAUAUCUAUAGUGAAUCUUAACUGUCUAAAAAAGAAGAAACUCCAUCUAAAUAGCAGCUGGUUUCUUGUUUGAACAUUAAAGCCCAAAUGAUAAAAAAUAAACCGAAUG